AUGGUGCUGAAAUCUUUCCAGAAUGAUGCUCUGAACGGGCUGUGCUCCAAAGACCAAUCAGAGCUAUUGGACUCGGUUGAUUGUCUCCGUUCGCAAGGUAUCAGCCAUUAUGUGUCCUUGCUACAGAUUAUUGUGUGCGGCGACCAGUCCUCUGGGAAAAGCUCUGUGUUGGAAGCAAUUUCCGGCGUGUUAUUUCCUAUCAAGAGCAGUCUAUGUACCCGAUUUCCGACAGAAUUGAUCCUUCGCAAGACGUCGAAGAUUGGCGUAAGCGUUUCGAUCGUCCCGCAUCAAUCUUGCAGCGAGCCCGAGCGUCUCUCUCUCACCGGCUUUGAGGAGAAGCUAGAUAGCUUCGAUGAGCUGCUGAACCUGAUCGACAAGGCAAAAGCGGCCAUGGCCAUCUCUACUUUCAAUAGAGCAUUUUCAAAAGAUCUCCUUCGGAUAGAGGUUUCUGGCCCCGACCGACCACACUUAACGAUCGUAGACCUGCCAGGGCUUAUUCACUCCGAAACGAAGCAGCAGUCUGCAUCGGAUAUCGAGCUAGUGCAAGAUGUUGUUCAGUUAUAUAUGGAAGAGCCAAGAAGUAUUAUUCUCGCAGUGGUCUCCGCAAAGAACGACUAUGCAAAUCAAAUCGUGCUGAAGCUUGCCCGAACUGCCGAUAGAGCGGGCACCCGGACACUAGGUGUCAUUACAAAGCCCGAUACUUUGAUACCCGAUUCUGAAAGUGAAGCAAUGUAUGUCUCUCUGGCGAGGAACCAAGAUGUGGAAUUCCGUCUAGGAUGGCAUGUACUGAGGAAUAUGGAUUCCGAAACGGGGAAGUGGGAGAGGCUCAGCAAAGUCCUUCUCGCGCAAGUCGCUGCCGAACUUCCCAGCCUGGUCGACGAAAUCAAGAAGAAAACCGAUGCAUGCCGCAGCCGAUUGCAUAGGCUUGGCGAACCAAGAGCAACUCUCGAAGAGCAACAGCUGUAUUUGCUUCAUAUGACUAUUAAUGGCACCUACAACGAUCCCUUUUUCGAAAACGCCAGAUCAGAUACUGGAUAUUACAAGCGUGUGCGGGCCGUCAUACAGAACCUCAAUCAAGUCUUCGCAGAAGAUAUCGCUCGAAGAGGUCACCGUUACGAAAUUAUCAAUUCGCCGCCCACAACUCCGAACUCCGGAGUAACCACCAGAGCCAAGUUUAUAGAAAACAUAGGACACUUAAUGAGGAGGAGUAGGGGCCGCGAAUUGCCGGGGACAUUUAAUCCAAUAAUAGAUGCAGCGAAAGAGUUCCUUAGUCUUCUAGUUUCACACGUCGCCGAUGACUUAUCCUCCAGAAUUCUUUUCCAGAAAGCCUUCGAGCCCCAGCUGGGCCACUUGUUGGAAGUUCUGAAGGGGAAAACUGCUGAGUUCCUGGCACCGCAUCAGACAAGUCAUCCGAUCACCUACAAUCACUACUUUACUGAAACUAUCCAAAAUGUCCGGAGGGAGCGAACCGAAGCCGAAUACAGGGCAAUCCUCACAGAUUUCUUCGGGACAUCAUCACUCCUUUCCGCAACAACCGGUAGGUUAAUGGAUCUGCGCCCGCUAUUGAAAGCUCUUAUGCAGCGCACUGAACCGGACAUGAAUCAUUAUGCUUGCUCCGAAGCCCUGGACUGUAUGGAGGCUUACUAUAAGGUUGCUAUCAAACGAUUCAUCGACGACAUCGCAAUCGAAGUUAUCGAAGUCAACAUGAUCUCGAGGCUUCGUGAUAUUUUCUCCCCUAUCGAGGUUACUUCGAUGACCGCCGAGACGGUGGCUAGCAUCGCUGGCGAAUCCGAGGAGAAUCGAGCACAGCGCGAACAAUUGACCAAACAACUGGACGUUCUCAUGAAAGGCUCUGAAACCUGUAAACGGUUUAUGACAGUUGGAGUCCUAGAUGCUAACAAAGCUCGGCUCAAUACCGCUAGAUCCUAUUCUAGCGAGUCAGAUGAUGGUUCUGGCGAUCCAGUGGAUUGUCUGUCGAAUUCGCCUUCUUUCUCUAUACGAUCACCUUCCGUAUUGUCUCAAGAGCCAGUGGAGAUCGGGGAAACGGCCGAUGAACCUCUGUAUCUCGAGGACCCUGUACCUGAGCCAGAGCUGAUGAAAGACGAGGUGUCGUCUCUUAAAGCUUACAGCUUACGGAAGAAGAAGAAGAAAUCAAAGGUUGCAGAAGAAAAAGAGACGGUGGCACAAGCUCAAGAUCCGUAUUCUGAGGAAUAG